GUGAAGAAUCGGAAGAAUCCGCUGUGUUUGCAAAAACAGCUGUGUAAGUGUAAACUAUCAAUAAUUGGCUGAAAUAAUUAGAAUUAUUUUGUUGAAAUAUUCAAAAAUUAUGUUACGAACGAGAAAAGUUCUUCUUACACUUGUAAGAUCGAAACACCGCAAAACACACUGGUCGCAAGCACAGAAGAAGCAGUUCACCAAAGAUCGUGCCUUGGAGAAUUUCGACGAUUUCUAUGGGCAGGUGUUCGGGAAUCGAUGGAAAAGCAUCCGUGUGGCGCUACUCAGCGAGCACAAGUACAUGGCACUGGUUAACCAGUUCGGUGAUUGCGAGAAAACGACGGCCUUCCUACAAGCGGACGGAGCCAUCAAUUUGAGAGACAUCUACAACGCCAAGAAGCAGUACCUAACGCAAGACAACGCGGAGAUGUUUUCGGACGACAAGAUUUUCAAGUUGGACCAGAAAAUUGAAGCAUUUGCCGAAAGUCAACAAAGGCAAGAAAUGGAGAGCUUGUACAAGAAGGAUGCUCCCGUUUUUGUUGGACAAACUAAAUCGAGCGAAUCAAUGGAUGACGUUGUUGACUAUAAGAAAUCUUUGAAUCGAACUCUGCGUGACGAUACCGAGAUAGACUUCCAGCGUAUGAUAGAUCCCAAUGAGGGCACAGCAGGAUUGCACGAAUUCAUCCCGGCUUCUAAGCUUAAAGGAAUGGAAGACUACGUUGCGGAAUCGGAUCACUACAAAUACUACAAUACCAACGCAGAUUUUCCCAUAACGAUCGAGAUGGAACACAACUUUGAAAUCCCAGAGACCUUAAACAUUUUUUCUUACGAACGGGGAAACGUUUCUGACUUUCGACCCCCUCGAACCUGUUCAACCGGAGUGCUUUCACAUUUCCUGUUAGAUGGAGCGUCGGUGCUGCCUGCUCUGGCAUUGGACGUGCAGCCGGGUGAUCGUGUUCUGGAUGCUUGUGCAGCUCCUGGUGGUAAAUCCCUUCUGAUGCUGCAAACUCUUCGGCCGGGAACGCUCGUAUGCAAUGAUGUGCAGGAAAGUCGUGUUAAUCGGAUCAAGAAGCUGAUGAAUAGCUACUUUUAUGAUUUCGGCGAUGCGUGUAGGAAACGGCACUGUUUCGUAACGCAGCAAGACGCACGCCACAUAAAGGAGUACGAGAUGUACGACAGGAUCCUGGUGGACGUUCCUUGCACGACCGAUAGGCACUCGGUCAUGGAGAACGAUAACAACAUCUUCAAAUCGAGUAGGGUGAAGGAACGGUUGCGACUGCCGGAACUGCAAGCCGCUGUUUUGUCGAAUUGCUUAAAACUUUUGCGGCCUGGUGGAUCGCUAGUUUAUUCGACCUGCAGUUUGAGUCCUGUGCAAAACGACGGCGUCGUUCACAUGGCUCUGAGUAACGUUUUCAACGACACGGGGAUUACGGCAACAGUAAGAGACUUGAGCCUAGUGAUGCAACCGUUCUCCGACAUGUACAAAUUUGCCUAUCCCAAUACGCUGAAAUAUGGCCAGCUGGUUUUACCUUUCUUACCGGCAAAUUUUGGACCUAUGUACUUCUGCAAACUAGUUCGGAAUUAACAAAAAAUACAUAUCGUAAAGUAUGUUAUUUGUUACAAAUAGAAUUAAACUAAAAGAUACUUCA